ACAAAGGACCACGCCGGGCACCAAGACGGCCUAAAGGGACGGACGGCUGCGGGUGCUGCCGGCGCGGCGCCGCCCAUUCGGGCCAGUUUUCACUUUCCACAGGUGGUCUGUGCGCGGCGGCAGCGGCGCAGCCACCAGCUUCGGCGCAGAGAGAGUGCAGCGCGGCUGGUGAGGGGAGCACCGCGACUCGGCUCCGUCUGCCGCGCUCCAGCCCACCGAGCCUGCCCCCAGCUGCCGCCGGGCCCGACCGAGUCGCCAGCGCGCGCGCGCCGCCGAGUGACCCACUUGGAGCAGAGGGGACAGCCGGGCGAAGGGGUGCAGUGCGCGCGGCGCGAGCAGUGACGGCGACCAGCGAGCGUCCCGUGCCACCGCCGGAGAACGGCGGACACCGAGAACGGUGGCGAGACGUGUGCUACUCGUGUGUGCGACUCGACUAUGCUCCGUUGGUAAACGUGACACUCGGAUUCAGCAACUGUAAACGUUAUGAAAAACGAAGUCGAGCUGUCCAACUCUGUAGUCACGUCCAGCGUUCCAUCCGAGCUGCUGCCGGUCAAGGUGGAGGAUCCGCACGACUUCUUCGACCUGUGCUCUCUCAACAAUGACAUAGAGAACGACAUGGACGUAUCGUCUGAUCUGGGCAACUGGAUCAACUCACUGGUGAACAAGACGCAGCCGGCCGGCGGCGGCGGCGGCGGCGGUGGUGAUGGGGUCAUGUGGGACCGUGAUGGUGGCGGGCCGGUCACCACACGAGAGGUCAAGGAGUGGCUGUACGAGAACAAGGAAAAGACGUGUGACCCGCUCUGGGGCAGCGACACACAGCAGGUGAAGCAGGUGACUACCACAGACACCGGCAACCGCUCCCCGGACAGUUUCAGCAGUCCCGACACGUUGCUCUUCACCUCAAUGAUCUCGGACGAGGCCAUCAAGCCGGUGAACCCGUCGGACGUCAUCAGCUCGUCUGACGACCUCAUCACGCUGCAGCCGCUGCAGCCGCUGCAGCCCAUGAACCCAGUGCACACGUUGAACGGCUUCCACUCGGACGUCAUGAUGGGCGACAUCAGCGACCCCAAGCAGGUCAACGAGGUCGACCUCGACAAGAUGGUGCAGGACUAUCUGUAUGACGAGGAGCCGGCGCCGCCGCAGACCAAGCUGGAGGAGAUGCCGGCGACGACCAUCAUAGGAGCAGGGGGAACGCCUAUACGGAUAUGCGGUUUGCCCCCCUCCAGCAUGAGCACAUUCCCAGCCACUUCUGUGGCACAAAACGGCGGCUUCAAGAUCGCUGUUGGCACUCUGCCGCCCGGUUCGCCCGAGAAACCGACCGAGAAGAGCGGUCUGGAGGAGAAGUGGGGCAGCAACCGCUCCGACAACGCCUCCAUCCUGGAGAGUGCGCUUCGGGGAAACAUCCCCUCCGGUCAGCGGAACAGCAAUACCAGCAACCCGCAGAAGCGCGCAGGAAGCACCGACCUAAAGGAGAUCCAGCUCUCGUUCCCGGUCGGUGGCUUCCAGACUUUUCAGCGGAGCAUGAUGGAGAAUAGCGGCGGCAGCAACGCCGUCACCUCCUCUCCGUACACGUGUGAGACCAACCAGGCGACGAGCUCCUGCAGUCCCAACAAGCCGGACAAGGUGCUCUCCUCGGCCGACACGUCGCACGAUCUCUACGUCAACACCAUCGACAUCGGCAUGUCCAACGGCCACGUCGUCAUGGGUCAGAAGAAGGACCAGCCGCGUAAACGCAAGUACUCAAAGCGCACCACUGCCGACGGGGAGGCGCCACCGUCCCGGGGGCGUCUCCUCCACUUCUGCCACAUCUGCAACAAGGGAUUCAAGGACAAGUACUCUGUGACCGUGCACAUCCGCACCCACACCGGCGAAAAGCCGUUCCAGUGUGACCUGUGCAACAAGUGCUUCCGUCAGAAGGCCCACCUCGCCAAACACAUACAGAUUCAUACCACACCCAAACCGGCGCCGGCCAAAAGGUAAACAGCGCAACGAAGAGAGGAUUCCGAUCUGGUUACCAAGGUGAUGAGUUACCGUUACCAUGGUGAUGAGUUACCAUAAACCCAAGUGCUACCGUAGUGCAGCCAGCUCAGGAACUUUGCGCUGCCCUAGAACUGUGAUGUUGUUAUCUUCCAGGAGAAAGAAUCAUCUCCUUGUAAUCGUUCUUUUGUUCUUGUUAUGAAUGAGUGCGGUCGUGUUGGUUCUCAUAUUCUCAAAGUGAGGUUCUCAGCGAAUCGGCUAUCGUAGUUCGAGCGAUCAUGAGGGCAGUGGUGAAGAGUGAGAGGAUGUUGCGGCUCUCAACAUCUCAGACGUGCAGGGGAGCAUCUUCAGACAUAGGCACGUUACAGACACCUGCGUUCUUCUUAGUUCGUUCGGCGAAGUGCGGCACAGUGCUGUCUGCCCUCCCCGUCAAGGUUUCGGGGGUCGUGAGCACACUGUUCACCCGCAGUCGUCUCGGAUGUGUGGCACCGGGGUCCGCCAGAGUGAGCACCUUCAAGUGAAUCACGGUGUGCACCGGCGGAGCGGAUAGUACAAACCCGGAGACAGGCAGGCGGAUCGUUAUCCUAUUUAUUUCGCCUCUCCAGUGACGGUGAGGUCGGCGUGGUGCAUCGAGACGGCCGGGUGGCGGAGCUACCGACCCGGUCCGUUCUCGCGCGCCCGACCCCGCCGCUCCGUGCUGGCAGGCGGGUUGUGGGCCGUUCUCUCGGCAGUUGUGAUUCAGGUGCGGAGAAGAGGUGCGCACGUGCGAUGGUGCGCUGGUGUUUUUCUGAUCUGCUAAGCGAGUGAAGCAGGUGUGUGCACGGCUGUUUUGAGUGGUUGUCGCAUCUUACGAGGUGAUGGUGGAUAUUUAUAUCAGCGGCGUGUCUGGCCGUUUUUACCCUGUAAAUUAUUAGAGAUUUCUGUCUCAAAGUAGUGAAAUGUUUGUGUGUCUUACUGUUGAGUGGUUUCUAUUGCUGUUGUGAGCACGGACUGUUCGAGAGUGGAACAUUAACGUGUGUACAGAUGACGAACUCUUCCCUGAAAUGUGCAAUAAGACUACAUACUUUUUCGUGUACAUGCAGCUUUUUGCUGAUCAUUCCUAAUUUUGACAAUUCCAUUAACUUCUUGUUCCUGUUAAGUUCCAUUAACUGUUACAGAUAACACGCUAAUGCUCCCGUAGCUGUGUGGUUCUACGCAUGUGUUGUGAUGUGUCCUGGUUCUUGUAUGUUGUGUGAUUAUUUUGUCUGAAGUGUCGUCUCAGACAGCGUACUCUGCCGGCUCGCAGACACCUAUCAGACGCCGUGCGGUGUCUGCUGAGAAAGCCGGAAACGUUACCAUUAUUGUACAGUUGUUGUGUGCUGCGGUAGCUGAUACUCCGAGUUGUGUUGUUGUACGUUCACACCAGUGAUCCUUUAUCCCGUUGAAUGACCGAGGCGCCUUUAUCAUUACUCUAACGACGUCGCUGCAGGAGAAAAGGCUGGUACCCUACUUAAGUAUAUGGAUAUGACGGACAGCCUUAGCUUUUUUUUACUUUUUCCCCCACAAUCCUGUGACACCAGUCCGCUACGUAGAGUUGACUGUCCUUUUAAAUUUUAAAUGACCUCUAUUGUUUGAUGUGGCCUGUGCGUACCCGGAUAUUAUUUAAUUGUGCGGCGUACACAUUUUCAAUGUUACCAGCCGUUUCAUACACUGGUCAAGUCGACCAGUCCUGUUAUAUAGGUAGUAGUCAACCUGCUCGUUAUUGGCGUAACAGUUAGCUUGAGCUUUCCGAACAACAUCCAGUGCAUUUCCAGGCGCCUCGCCGGAGCGAAGGCUUAGCGUGAAGUGCGUAUCCUUACGACUCUCUCUGGAAUUCGUGUGUUACGUCCACAUCGCACCAUGUUACGACUUCGAAUAAACCAUGAGCAAACUG